AAUGUGUGCUGCUUCAGUUCUUUGCGGUAACUCCUCUGCUGUGGAAACGACGGAAGCGCAGUUCUGGAUUUUGGUUUGACUGGCAGAAAGAAAGAAGGAUGGAGUUUCUGACAGGAAACCCGUUUACUACACCGGUGGGCCAGCGAAUAGAAUAUGCAACCAGCUCCAGUCUCCAGUCGGAGGACUGGGCUCUCAACAUGGACAUCUGUGACAUCAUCAAUGAGACAGAGGAGGGGCCUAGAGAUUCAUACAAAGCAAUAAAGAAGAGGAUUGUUGGAAACAAGAACUUCAGAGAGGUCAUGCUGGCAUUGACUGUGCUGGAAGCGUGUGUGAAGAACUGUGGCCACAGGUUCCAUGUGCUAGUCUCAACCAGGGAGUUUGUUGAGGGGGUUCUUGUCAGGUCCAUCUUACCCAAGAACAAUCCCCCUCUGGUCCUGCAUGACAGAGUGCUCAGCCUUAUACAGGCAUGGGCAGACGCAUUCCGCAGCUCACCAGCUCUGACGGGCGUGGUCUCUGUGUACGAGGACCUGAGACGGAAAGGACUGGAGUUUCCCAUGACUGAACUAGACGGAUACUCUCCCAAUCACACUCCAAAUAGGACUGUGCCUGAUAACGGGCCUGUCACUGUAUCUGCUGCACCCUCAUCCCCCAGGCCUGUCCCCAUAUCACCACAGCUUCCUGCAUCCCAACAGAGCGAGCAGAUACCCCUCACCUUCACACCUUAUCAGGUUAAAAAGUUGAAGACCGACCUGGGAGUGGUUCGAGGUAACCUGACAGUGAUGUCAGAUAUGAUGUCUCAACUGGAUCCAGCAACAGCUAAGCAUUCAGACACAGAGCUGCUUCAGGAGUUGUAUGCAGCAUGUAAAGACAUGCAGGAUAAGAUAAUGGAGCUGGUCCCAAGACUCAGUGAGGAGAAACUGACAGAGGAGCUGCUGGUUGCCAACGAUGAAAUCAAUGCCACAUUCACUCGCUACCAGAGGUUUCAGAGACAAAGAGCUACACAUGCAGGUAAGUGUUUUUCUUAA